AUGGCGCUCACAACCAAGUUAUUUUUGUUUACUGUUAUAGUUAUUCUCCGCUCCUGCAGUGGAUGUAUUCACAGGGAAGGGGAAGCUCUCCUUCAAUUCAAAGCCAGCUUAAAUCACUCUUCUGCCGAUCUGAGUUCGUGGGAGAAGGGAGGAGAUUGUUGUCUCUGGGACGGCAUUUCCUGCCAUCACACCACUCAUCAUGUUGUCGGUCUUGAAAUACAGGGUGGUGCAUUUCCUGGAAUGGAGGGUGGUGUCAUAUCUGAGAGCUUGUGCACCCUCACUUUUGUUGCAUCCAUAAGCCUUACCAACAUUGGAUUAAAAGGUACUCUUCCUCCCUGCUUGACAAAUCUCUCUUCUCUCACACUACUGGAUCUAUCUUAUAACAUGUUGAGUGGGAGUAUUCCAUUGUCUUCUUCUCUUGCUGUCCUUUAUUUAGCACAUAACUUUUUUGAAGGUGAAACUGUCCUCAGUUUGAUUUGUAUGCUCAGCGACCUUAGUGUGGUUGAUCUUUCCUACAACCAACUGAAUGGAAGCCUACCAUCCUGUCUGGGAAGUCUUUCUUCUCUCACGCAACUGGAUCUAUCUUACAAUAGGUUGAGUGGGAAUAUUCCGUUGUCUUCUUCUCUUGCUGUCCUUCAUUUGUCCUCUAACAAUUUGGAAGGUGAAACUGUCCUCAGUACUCUUUGUAUGCUCAGCAACCUUACCGAGGUUGAUCUUUCUUACAACCAACUGAAUGGAAGCUUACCAUCAUGUCUGGGUAAUCUCUCUUCUCUGAUUAGGCUAGAUAUUCCUGGAAAUCACUUGAGUGGUAAGAUUCCAUAUUCUUUAGGCAAUCUCUCCUCGCUCAAGUAUUUUGAUGUUUCUAAUAAUUCGUUAUCUGGUUCUAUCCCAGAUUCUUUGGGCAGUCUCUCUUUGCUGGAAACCUUGGAUCUAUCUUACAACCAAUUAACUGGAACUCUCCCCUCCUCAUUUUCAAGGCUCACCUCCCUUUUGCAGCUCUUUGCUAAUGGGAACGUGUUCAACCAGAGUAUUGCUCCCUCAGCGCUACCCUCUUCACUUAUAUAUCUUCAUCUCUCAUUCGACGGCCACCAGAUAAUUUCAGAGGCUUUCAUUGACAACCUUAGCAAAUUGGAUAGUCUUGCCUUGUCAAAUUGUGUACUCAAUAUCAGCACCGCCUGGAUUCCCUCAUUCCAGUUGUUCUUCUUAUAUAUCACAUCAUGCAAGAUGGAUCGCCAAAUCCCACCGUUCAUUUCGACUCAGUUCUCACUUUCAAAGUUGGAAUUAUCUAACAAUGAUCUUGUUGGAGAGAUUCCUUCGUGGCUGCUGGAUAUGCGUAUUCUCUACAUCAAUCUCACAAUGAAUCAUCUGGAAGGUCAGCUUUUGCUAAAUACUUCAGCUUGGAGUCCGUUGGAGGUCUUGGAUGUGUCUAGAAAUGCAAUUUGUGGUCAGGUACCAUCAGUUUGGCCUCCUCAUAUAAAAGUAGUGUUGCUUAACGACAAUUUGCUGACAGGAAAUAUUCCUCCACAGUUACAUGGUAUCUCUUCAAUAGAGGUUUUAAAUUUGGCAAAUAACCAUUUGAAUGGAAUCAUCCCUCCAAGCUUAGCCAAUUGUUCCAACCUUCAAAACCUGAAUUUGGGGGAUAAUAAUUUUAGGGGAAUGAUUCCGUACGAGUUUGGUAAGCUAAGUGAACUCAAGUCACUACUGAUAAAGAAUAACCAGCUGACUGGAUCACUCCCUCCCUCCAUAUCAAACUGCACAGAUUUAUAUUUUUUGGAUGUUGGGCAAAACUUCUUCAAAGGCCACAUUUCAAAGUCAAUAGGAAACCUUUCAAAGCUCAAAGUGUUAGCAAUGAGGAAGAAUAAUUUUGGAGGCAGUAUUCCCGCAGAAAUUGGGCAGCUGAAGAGCCUACAAAUAUUGGACCUUUCAUCAAAUCGGCUAUCAGGUCUUGUACCAGACAGCAUUUUUAGUUUACAAGCAAUGUUGGCAGAAAGAAAUCAGGAAUUUUCUAAAGUUCAACUUCAAAUAGGAGAAUCUUCCUACUUCACCCCAUAUACAUAUGUGAAUGGAUUGACUAUGAAUUCCAAAGGCAGAGAUGAGAAAUACACAUAUAUUUUCCCCACCAUGGCUGCCAUCGACCUUUCAAACAAUCAAUUGAAUGGAAAUCUUCCUUUUGAUUUAGGAAAAUUGAAGGGACUGAAGCUGCUCAACCUUUCCAUGAACAGUUUCAGUGGUGCUAUUCCAAGUAGUAUUGUGCAAAUGACUUGGCUGGAAACAUUGGACCUUUCUACAAAUAAUUUUUCUGGACAAAUUCCUCCAGAUCUAGGUUCUUUGAGUUAUUUGGGAGCCAUCAACUUUUCCAACAACCAACUUUCAGGGAGUAUACCACAAGGAGGACAUAUGGCAACAUUUGGUGAGUCAUCAUAUUCAGGCAAUCCAAAUCUAUGGGGGUGCCCACUUCCGAAGAAAUGUUCUUGGCCAGAAUUUGUUCCCGGUCCUCCCAUUUCUACACCUCUUAAUGAGGAAGAGCAAAAUGAGGAAAGUGUGGGGUAUGAUUUAGGACUGGGACUAUCAUAUGUAGCAGGUUUUACAGUAGUGUUGGUAUUUAUUGUGUUGAGAAGGAAGUGGGGACAGAUAUAUUUUCAGGGAGUCGAUUUGGUUUUGAAAACUGUUUUUCCAUGGCUCCAAAAUUUGACAUUAUAA